AUGACAUCCCUCCUCAAGAAACUCUCAAUCCGUAAAUCCCCAAAGGACAAUAAACAGCACGGCACACCUGAGAUUACGGACCAAUACGACGACGACGACGAUGAGCGGUACGAACAACAGUAUCAGAAGUCGGUCGAGGCACAGAAGGCUAGUGGCGGUGGUGAGAGUCAGCGACCAAGUCUAUUGAAUGUUGGAGGUCCGGGCAAUGCUGGACGGCAUCCGAGUAAGCAUGGGUUAGGCGAUAUUCCUGUCCCAGAGCCGAGGCUGGAGAGGAAUUUGGCGCUGGAUGAGAGGGUUAGUGGGGAGAGGAAGAGGUAG